CUCUUUUUUUUUCCGGUCUUUCGAAAAAAGGAAACAACCUUCCCAUUUUUCACCAGACAACGCGCGCUACUGUAGUCACCAUUCGGCAGAUCACAGCCGCGCAGGUCGUCGUCAACUCUCUGUCCCGUCGUGCCGAACGGAAACCACUGUGGCAGCCGAGCCCAGGGGCCCCGGCCACCCUGUACGCGCGGGCAACAGGGAGUAAGGGAGGGAGGGACCUCUCCCACGCCACGUCCGUCCCCGGAGAUAUUUUCCGCUGGCGAUCGGCCGUACGCUCCCCAUCCGACGCCUCCGUUGCCGCCACCGCGUCGCCGGCGCAACCGAUGGCCGCCUUUUUGAGGACGUGGCCCAGGCGGCUUCGCUUUUCCCUGUUCCUCCCUUCCUCUCCCAUCCCCGUCUCCUGAGCUGGGGGGACUGGCUGACCAGUGACCAGCCCUCUCCCACCUCGCACGCCUGUGGCUGUGGCUCCUGACCUUUUCCACCACCGGAGUUAAUGCCUCCGCCUCUCCGUCAGCGCCGCCUCGGCUCGCCGUCUCGCUGUGCGCGGCGUGGGUCGUGGUAGCAGUACCGCGCGCGUGGUGGUUGGGGCCUUUGGGGAUGGGCGGAACUGGCGGCCGCGAGGUGAGGUGAGGUGAGGAGUGGAGAUUGAGGGGGGAGCUGUUGUGGCGCGUGUCUCCCUGUCGCCCACAGCUUCUUUUUAUUCCUCCCCGCCCGGUUCCGUUCCGGGGAAUGGAUUCUGGGGAGGAGGAAUUCUGAGCCACGGGGGAGGGAGGGAGGAGACGCGGCUGCUUUGAUCCCUUGCCGCCUCGGCUCUCGUACGUAGUACGUUCUCGUCGUCGUGGCGCGUGGCGGCGCAAUUUGGUUUUUGGCAGCGGCGUGCGUGUUCCUUGCCUAGAUUGGCGUGAUCCAAUUCUGGUCCAACUGAGAGGCGUAGAGGUGCCCGCCGCAGAACACGAGCGCAUGCUUGGUGCUUGCUAAGAUAGAAGCAUCUGCAAUCAUCAUUCCUGGUUUGCGAGCAAACUCAUUUACUUUAAUCAUGUCGGAUUUACUUGGGAGUAGAUAUGAUAAGCAAGAAGAUUUUCAAGUUCUGUUGAGCAAGAAAGAUCCUGGAGAACCACCUCGGCACAAGCAUUACCUGUGGAUGGCACACUGGACCAAAGCAAGCAGCAGUGCAGAAGCCCGAAACAACAAUGGCAGCAAUCCUUUGGAGGAUAUCAACAAGGGCACUACUACGAAAGAUGGUGAGACCUUGCCUUAUGAAUUCAUGAAAUCUACAGUUGCUGAAAGGCUCAUGGUAGGAGUAAGCCGUGGAAGUGCCUCCAUGCAGCAUGCCCGGCAGUUCAAUUCUAGUAUGUGGGGUAUGGCACGCCAUGUUUCCAAUGAAUUGGGACCAAAGAAUAGCGAACAGGUUGAUGAGUCUUUUGAAAAAUCUAUGAAGCACGAUGCUGUGAACUUGAGAGCUAGAGCAGUUGUGUCAGAAACAUAUUCUAUUCACAAGCUUUCAGAGUUACCGUUGGAUUUUCAAGACCUUGGGAGCUCAGAUGAUCCAAGUCCAGAUUGGAGCCACUUUCCAAUGUUCGAAAUUAAUCGAAAGAUUGACAGUAUUCUCAACCGUAAACGAAAGUCUGCAGCACUUGGUCCUGCACCUCUGAAUCUAAAUGUGUCUGCAUCCCAUGUGAUGGCCCUAUCGUCACAGGAAUACAUGAUGCACUCACAUCAAAUAGCUGACAAGAACAUGGAUACGUGCAAACCUGCAGAAGGCUUUGCAUCUCACAUAGAAGAUCCUGCUGGCCUCAACUCAGAUCCUUCAGGGCCAAAGUUAAAGGGACAAUUAUUGGAUACCAUGUCAUGUUCUUGCAGCAAGGACGACAACAACUCAGCAGAUUGUCCAAUAGAUGAGCAGCAUACAAGCCACUAUUUUGCAAACUCAAAGCAUGAACUACCCUAUGUAUCUAACGAAAAGGAGUUCAAGUUUGCAGGAAACAGCCACAAUCGAAUGGUUUCAAGUGCGGCCCACAAUCUGAAGACAAGAAGAUCUGCUGUCUGUAAACAACAAAGUGCUGCAGAGGCAAUGUUCUGUGAACCAGUACUUGGUAGUGAGUUUCAGAAUGAACCAAUAACUAUUUGUACCAUGGGCAAGAAGGAUGGUGAAAAUUUUCAUGAGAUGUAUAAAUCUCGUGGCAAGGCCGUUUCAUGUUCUUUGUUACCUUAUGAGCAUCAUCGUCAUCUGAAAGCACAGAGAACGGAAUCUGCAGGAAAUUUGAAAGUCUGCGCGUUACCUGAUCAAACUGCAAAUAAAUUGACAGAAAAGAGUAAUGGUGAGCUGCUGGCAUAUGGAGCAAAGUCAAAGGAAAUGUAUACAGGUUCUUGUAACCGAAGAAGGCCCUAUUUAUUUGAAAAGUUAACGAUUCCUUCCAAAUCACAAAGUGCAUAUCCUAAAAAUUCUGCGUCUUCAGGAAAAUCUAGCGGCUUUGGAGUUUGUAUGUACGGCACCAAUAUUGGCAGUCGGUUAUUCGGAGAACAGAAUCAAUCUUCAGCUAAGACUGAAACAUUACACAGUGAUACUCUUAUUGGGUCCAAAUCCUCAGCAGGCAUUGCUUCAUUGCCGGCACAAAAGGACUACGGUUGUCCAGACAAAGCAAAAAGUGAGCAGCUGGCAGCUCCAUCCAAGAGAGGAGAUUCAGGAUACAGCAAAGAAGAUGGAACCCAUACUGUCAAUGAAGGUCAUGAUGUUUCGUCCAAAGCAACCAUUGGUAGUAAGCAACCGUGCAUGCCCGGAACAGGAAUCACGAACCUAGAUCUCAUACUUUCCCAAAUGAGCAGAAUGAGAAAUCAAAUUUCCCGUGGUAUAAUUCAACCACCAAUAGGUGCCGAGCCAAGUGAUAGAUGGCUCAAGCGCCUACAGCUUGACAUAUCAGAUCCUGACAUGCCUGGUUCCAAGAGGCCAAAAAUUGGAGACAGUCCUCCACUCAGGCAAAGAAAUCGUUCUUUUGACAUGGCACUUCCUUGCAACAGGACUGACACUGAAGCAAUCGAUCGUGUUAAGGAGGACCAAAGCUUGGAUGAAGGGAAAAAAUUGCAAGAACAGCAAGAAAGAACCCCAAUUCUAGAGAAGAGCGUGAAUAGUUGGAUAGGAAGAUGGUGCCAGGGUGGCACUCCUGUUUACCAUGAAGACCCAGGCCAGGGAAGGCAAGGAACAAAGCCUGGCCGGUCAUCCGAAGAACUUGAAGGUCAGUUCCCAAGCAUUGCAGCGAUGGCGAUGAUGGGGCGAGCGAUGAACAAGCUUCGGCCAUGCGAGCAUCAGAAGAAGGGGCCAUUUGUGGUGUGGAAGACAGAUUGACCUUUGUGUAUACGUUUUUGGGUGUAAUAUACCGGUUUCUUUCCAGAAAGUAAAUGUAAAGCAACUGUGAAGUUUGCCUGGCAGUGGUUCAUGGUUUAUUUUUUUUUUCUGAAGUGAAAGUAGCUAAGUGUAGUGUCUACCGAUGGUGUAAUGGUUUAAUAUACCAAUCAUAUAAUAAUAUACUCUUCACUGUGCCGUUAUGAAUUA